AAACAUCACGUGUCGUGCGAUGACAAAACCGUUUCUAGGUACUCUUAGGAAUACUGGAUACACUAGGAUUGAGGAGGAUAUCAGAAGAUGUAUUCCGUCCACCAACCCCUACGCAAAUCUCAACCGGGAUCGUUUUGUUGCCCCUCGACUCUACAGAUAUACACCCACUUCGGUACUCCCAGCCCCUCACACUCCGCUCCUCAUUGUGAUCAAUAAUUUUCAUCUAUUAUUGACCAUUCUGGGGGACGUGAAAAGCAUACAUGGAUUCCCCUUCACUUCCAGAAAAUUCUUUUCAGCUAAUACAACGCUCCAGGCACAAGAACCAACCAACCUCUGAGCCCUUCAACGCCAGGAUGACCA